AUGAGGUGUUUCUUAACCGGAGCUUUCAAUAGUCUCGUGGAGUCCACAGAAAAAUCAUGUCGUGACACAUAUAUGGAGGAUUUAGCAAGUACGACUCGCUAUGUUAUAUGGUCUCUUCACAACAAGAACCGAGCUGGUCUACGUCAACUCUUGGACUCAUUUGGCGGAACAGAGCACCUUGCUACAUCAGGUAAUCCCAUAGAUUCUAGUCUUCCUCAAGAUGCACCAAGCGGCGCAACAGACACAAAGUCAAGAUCAGAUGUAAAGCUAAGCCAUCUCGCCUCAAACACCGAUUCAGGUUCAAGUAUUCAGACAACAGAAAAUGCUGCGGUUGGCUGGUCUUCUAGAUAG